UGGUCUGCCUUGUACGUGCCAGGCCGUUGGCGCGAAAACUGUGGGAAAGACAGGGACAGUUCAGGAAGUCUCAGGCUGUUUUGGAGCCUUUCGUGGCUGUGCUAGCAAAUAGCAGAAUGUGGAAACGAGCAGUUUGGUUGGAGGGUAAGAAAGAAGAAGAGGGUGUGGUGCCAUCCAGCUGGGUAUUAGAAGAGAACCAAACCUUGUUUUGGCCACAAGGAGUUAAUGCUGAGAAUGCCCUUCAUAAUCAGCAAGAACCAGACCCUGCAUCAUGGAGAAAGUUUAUGUUGAAAAAAGUGAAGAUCACUUCUGAUAGUUUUCAAGAAUGCGAUACCUACCAUCUGACAUCUACGGUGGAGAGUUCUGAGAGCAACAGUGAUCCUGAUGAAGGUCUACUCAUGAGAAAAAGGAGAAAACGUUGUAAGAAAAAUCUGCCUGAUGACUUUCUCAGCAGUGAAAACUUACAUGAAGCUGUCCACAUGAAGCCAGCCUCACAGAAGCCACAGGUCACAACCUCUCAAGAUAAGGUAGCUUCUGCUCCUUCACAGGUUGUACUUCCAACACCUCCUCCUAAGGUGUCUUUGGAUAUGCGGUCCACCAGAACCCAUGGGAUGAUGGAGUGCAGUGCAACAAAAGAUUCGGUAUCCAGCAAGACAUCCAAGUCAUCUGACAACAGUGAUGGCAGUGGCCAGCAUGACAGGAGACAUCAUGACACGCCUUACCAAAAAAGAAACCAUGAUCGAGGUGACAAUCUUGACCACCAUGACAGGAGACACCAUGACACACCUCACCGAAGAAGAAGCCAUGACCAAGGUGACGUGCUUAAAAAGUUCUCAGAUUCAAAUGUGACAGAAAUACAAAUGAUAGUUGCAGCAAAAUUGCGUAAUGCUCCAAAAUUGAAAAAUGAAAAUUAGCUGAUGUACAGUCGGCGCGAAAAAAAUGUCCCCACCUGCUAACAAUAACAAUAAUAACACAACAACAUUAACAAUUCUACCAUUCUUUACCUUAUCAUUUUUUAGGGAUAAUAAAACACUAAUAUUACUGUCAUAUGUGCACAUUAGUAUUUUGUCAUCUCUCCUUUUACAUUCAGAACGGCAUUUAUGCGACUUGGCAUACUGUCAGAUAAUUUUUUGAAAUAAUCCAAGUCAGUUUCAUCCCACAGCACACGAAGUUUUUCCGUUAUAGCGCCGACAGUGUUCACUGAGAGUUUGCCAAUUUUUCUUUUUAGUUCAUUCCACAAGUUUUCUAUUGGAUUUAAGUCUGGACUGUGCCCUGGCCACUCAAUUAACGAAACAUUGUUCUCUGUAAGCCACUCCAUCACACGCUUUGCCCGAUGGCAUGGAGCACCGUCCUGGAGGAAAUGAGCGUUCUCGUGGGAUUCAUAAAAUGGGAGCAUGUGAUCUGUCAGCACGUUCAUAUACAGCGCAGCAUUCAUGUUCAUGUUUUUGUCUAAAAAGUACAAGCCCCCACUACCUUUCUCACCACUGAAGCAACCCCACACCAUCACACCUGCUGGAAACUUAACCGUCUUUACCGUGUACUUGCUGUCAAAACGAUUCGCACCCACAGGACGUCGCACGGUUCUCUGUCCUUUUGAAAUAGUUUUGAAGGCAGAUUCAUCACUGAACACAACUUUUCGCCAGUCUGCUGAAGUCCAGUGCUUGUAGCGUCCGCAGAAAUCAAGCCGCUGUUUUCUCAUUUUUUCGGUGAGGAGAGGUUUGUGAGCUGCCCGACGACACGGUAGCUUGAAAUCUUUCUGUAGCCGCUGUUGAAGUGUUCUCACUGCCACAUCUCCCAGCACAUCUCUAUGCAUUCCUUUUAAUUCCUUGGCGGUGAUGAAAGGGUUCUUCAGCACCUCACGUCGCAACAGCAUGUACGUCCUCUGGCCUGUCUUUCGUUUCCUCCCCGACCCCUGCUUUCUCUUUUGAAUAACACCGCCGUGGGCACUGGUUGCUUUGAUGACAUUACGGACACACUUCGCUGAUCUUCUUGUCCUUCUUGCCACUUCUCUUUUGCUGAGGCCUUCGCGAAAUAGAGCCAGUAUAGCACCUUUCUCCUCCAUUCUUAGCUUGGCAGGCCCCAUUCUGAAGCAAAGGGUGACCGAUAUCACGAGGAGAGGCGAGCGAUAUGUGAGGAAACGGGAGCAGAAGCGGGAAGUACCUCUCCGUGACAGGAGGGAGUAAACACCCUUCCUCACACACUGCCUGGCGGUUACUGAAUCUCGUUAAUCUGUCACAUUAUUAAAUUGAAAGCAUGGAGAUGCCAGAUGUUCAUUAUUGGCUGUGACAAGUGUUUUCGUGUCCGCUGGUGGCUAAAUAAACCUAAAUAAACAAGAACGUAAUGUUGUGUUGUUAAAACUUAAUGAUACAGCAGGUGGGGAUAUUUUUUUCACGCCGACUGUAAAAUGGUACUUACAAUCAGUUAAGAUCUGCAAGAAUGUUAAAACAAACCAAUCUUUGUCUCAUGCAUGACCUUGGUGAAGUAAAGUAUUUUCAUACCAAGAUGAACUGCAAUAGCGCAGUGAAAAAUCUAGUCAUACCCACUGCCAACAGGAGUCUAACCCGGGUCUCUUGAGUGAGAGCCAGACAGCAAGACCACUACACCACUGUGGUGUAGGGGUCUUGCUGCCUGGCUCUCACUCAAGAGACCCGGGUUCGACUUCUGGUGGCAGUGGGUAUGACUAGAUAAAGUAUUUUCAUUUUGUAUGUUACUAAAAAAAUGCUGGUAAAUUUAUCUCAUGACUGAUUGUACACAGAUGACCUUAUAUAUUGUAACUAUGUGUACAUUUCCCUUCCUCCCCCCUCUCUCUCUCUCUUAAAGAAGCUCUUUUUCUAUCAGAAUGACAAAAUUUAUUGAUGUGUAAACAGUAUAAGGGGGGAUGUUAGAGAAGCUUAAGAAUGAAAGAACCAGGACCGCCGAGAACCGAACCUCAGACAAGCUGUUCCCGCCACCACGCUAACCUGGUCCUGGUUCUUUCAACUUGUCGUUAUGGGAUUCAAGCUUAAGAAUGGUUUUAAGAUGUGGAGAGAGACUUACUGCUGUAAAAUUUGAACCGAUUGGGAUAUUACCUCAUGAUAUUUAUGUGAGAUGAUAUUAAUGAUCUCAGAUUAUAAAAGCAAACUAGUAUUAUUAACAGUUAUUUAUUUUGUAAUUUAGUAAUAGAUAUAACAUUUUAAUUUAUAAUUUUGCUUUUGCCUACCACUUAGGUUCCCAUGUAUUUUUACGUAAAUGAAAAAGUAUGGAGCUACACAAGUAUCAAUUCACAAAAUGCUUAAUUUCAUUGACAACUGUGGUCUGUAUUGUUUUAAGCAUAUUGUGUACUUGUGGCAGGCCUGGUAUUCUUUGCAUAUAUUCCCCCUGGGGCUACAUAGAUACUAGAAUGUAGCCCUCUCCAUGUCGGCUGUGUGCCGUAAGAGGCGACUGAUUCUGGCCCUGGGUGGGGAUCUCUUUUACUAGCCCAUAGCAGGUCUUUUUACCACUUGACAUAUUUUCCCUUCUCAUUUCCCUUUGCUUUCUGUCCAUUUUCUUUUACGUUCUCUUACUUUUCCGAGUGGUGGGCUGACUCUUUGUCAGAGUGAGGGUUGGUGUCCUUUACUUCCCAUAGCCAUUUCUGUCUUUCUCUUGUUCUAUAUACCUCUACUGUUUAGGGUGACACUAGGCUGGGGAUCUGCCCAUUCUUCUCUACCUUUUAUAGUCCCACUUGUGGCACAUGCCCAGGGAUAAUGCUAGGCACAAGUGCCAUGGGAACCCAUUUAUUGAGUCGUGGCCCGGGAUGGCGGAUGGUCACCCUCACAGUUCAAGGGUGGUUUCUGCUGUUCUGGACCAUGGCAUGGGGAGGUAAUGCAUAGGAGCAGGUGUCAGGCUAUGGAUGGAUUGUGGCUAAACAAAGUUUUAAUUUUUUGUAUUACUGGGAUCAUCCAUUUAUAUAUUGCAGUUAUUCUUCAUUCAAGUCAGAUAUCUUGAAAGCCUUUAUAUAUAAAAAUGCAAGCACUAACUUUUUUUUUUUUUCAUAAAAUAUGGAAAUUAUUUUGGUUUUGAUAUUUUUACAAGGAUGAAGAUUAUUAAAUUUAUGAAAAAGUGUAAGACUGAAGAAUAUAUAUAUAUACACACUUUCUGUA